AUGUCCAUUCUCUUUGAAAAUAAGAUUAUAGGGCUGCAAAAUGAGCUGACCAAGUGUGGAAUCCUGAAGAACAUGACUGACUAUGAGGAUUUCUGGAAGCUGGCUCAGGAGGAAGCUCUUGGAGUAGAAAUGAAAGAAAAGCUCCAGAAGAUAAGAUUUAAGUUGAUGAAUCCCAGGCCCUGGCUGCCAGCUGCUUCUAGGAGAAAAGAAACCAGGAUGUUGGUCAGCACUGAUCAAGACAGUGGGACAUGCCAGGGGACACAGAGCCUCCUCUCUCGACUUACAGAGUGGAGAAAAAGAUGCCAACAGCGUGAAGUGGCCCCGAGACUGCCUGGAGGACAGGGGGAGAGCAAGAUUACGGGUAAGACAAAGAUGAAUUCCCGGAGCAAGAUCUAUCUUAGUCGUUUGUAUCAGAUGUAUUCUACCUCCCUUGCUAACAUGGAAUUCUCCAGAAGACUGCUGGAGAGAGACGGCCGCUUUGCAGAUGUGUGCAUGGAGCACAGGGCUAGAGGCCUGAUGGAUUACCUGGUCCCAAGUAGGCAUGAGCAGGCAGGUGCUCCACCCAGAGAAAUGGGGGACCCCCUGAUCCCUGGCCAGCAGCUUCAAGUGUCACCUGCCCUCCGAUUUCUCAAGUACCAGAGCCCAGAAAGUCCACAGAGAAGUUCCCAGUUGAAGAAAGGAAGACACCAAGUGACCCUGUGUGGCAUGAGCAAGCUCUCAGAGCAGGUGAAGGGCAAACUUGCUCCUGUGGGGAUGACCACAGACCCCAGGCCUACAGCACCCCUGACCCUGGACCACGUGAUCCAGACCCAUCCUGUGGUGGAGGCUAAGACAGCACAUCGACGAUACUGGGUGAACUACGUGGAUGAAGAAUAA